AUGGAGUUCUUGGUCAUCGAUCGACCGACAUCGUAUAAUGUGAUCGUAGGAACUCCUUGGCCGAAUUCAAUGCAAGCAAUCCCGUCAACAUACCACAUGUGUCUCAAAUGCCCAACCCCUCGCGGAAUCGAGACCAUCUGGGGAGACCGGAGAAUCUCGCGAGUCUGCAUCGCUGCGGAACUGAAACGAAAAAAACCACCGGCCGAGUUACCGCCUCAAAAGAAAAAAAAAUCAUAUGUCGUUGACAAUGCCCUAGAACAAGAUAAAAAUGAAAUCUUUUGGCGAUCACGAGUGGCCGAAGCUUUGGAAGCGAAACGCGAGCUGACCUACGAGCCCGUAAUCUCGGUAUGCUUAGACGAAGCAUUCCCAGAUCGCUGCGUGGAAAUCGGCGCGAACCUAAGUGAGUCUCAAAAAAUCGAGCUGAUAGCUAGUCUGAAAAAGAACUUCCACACGUUUGCAUGGGCUGCAGAGGACAUGCCGGGGAUUGACGUCAAGGUCACAUGUCACGAAAUGAACGUCGACCCAACUUUAAAACCUGUCAAACAAAUGAGACAAAAGUUGGGACCGGAACGCGCAUGUGCUGUUAACGAUGAGGUCGAAAAACUCCUCAAAGUCGGAUCCAUAAUAGAGGUGAGGUAUCCCGACUUACUCGCUAACCCAGUCGUUGUCAAAAAGAAAAACGGAAAGUGGCGAGUGUGCGUCGAUUUCACCGAUCUCAAUAAGGCAUGUCCAAAGGAUAGCUUCCCACUGCCACACAUUGAUCGCUUGGUUGAAGCAACGGUAGGAAACAGACUCUUAUCCUUCAUGGACGCGUUCUCCGGGAUCGAGGCCAAUCCUAAACAGAUCACCUCGCAAAUCGAAUUUGCAUCCCCGAGAAUGAAACGAGAGGUACAAAGAUUAACCGGGAGAGUCGCAGCGCUCAACCACUUUAUCUCGCAGUCAACGGAUAUGUGUUUGCCUUUCUAUGACACCUUGAAGGGGAAUAAGAAAUUCGAGUGGACCGAAGAGUGCGAAAAAGCUUUCCAACAGCUGAAACACUACUUGGCCACUCCUCCGGUGCUCGCAAAACCCGUAGAAGGGGAGCCACUGUUCCUAUACAUCGCAGUAUCACUCACGGCUGUGAGCGGCGUCCUCAUCCGAGAAGAACGCAGCGAGCAAAAACUCAUCUUUUACAUAAGCAAAACUUUGCUCGACGCAGAAACACGUUAUCCGACGAUGGAAAAACUGGCACUUGCGGUCGUAAUGUCAGCACGAAAGCUAAGGCCAUAUUUCCAGUCCCAUACAGUCGUAGUACUCGCAUCAUUCGCACUGCGGAUGAUCCUGCAUUGCCCCAGUCAAUCCGGAAGAUUAGCAAAAUGGGCAAUUGAGCUGAGCGAAUAUGACAUCAAGUACCGAGCAAAAGCUUGUGCAGAAUCGCAAGUACUUGCCGAUUUCUUAGUAGAACUCCCUACAGAGUGCACGAGAAACCAAGAACCCGAUUUGACCUGA